UCAUCGCCUAGUACAUUACUAAUCGUUUUUUGUAACAUAGAAACUGUCUGCCUGUGUGCGUUUACUUCCCGCUGUUUAAUGGAUAACAUAUAUGUAUUAUUGAGGAUUAUUUCACGUGCGUUUGUGUUUCUUAUAUUGUCGCCAUAUCGUGGAAAAUAAAAAUGAUCAAAUAAGAUCAAAAGUAGUAGAAAACUGGGAUUUAGUGAUGCGAAAGGGUGAAAAUGGCGAGUGAUUUAUUUUGGAUUAAACUUCCUUGUUUGACAUGUAUAAUACUAGUCUGGACAAUUCUGCCUUCUUCAAUGACAAUUUCUAGUGAUAGACGAGCUUAUAAUAUAGGAAUUUUGCAGCCAUCCUUAUUUGAUUUGAUGGAUGUUGUUUUUGAAAAGGUAGAGAAUUCAUCGGGUCAAACCCUUAACCGAAUACAAGUGUUAGAUAAUGUCAGGGAAAACUAUCGUGGAUACAGAAAAGUGUUUUCUGCAACCAAGAGUCUAGAUACUGUAUUGGGUCCUUACAAGAAAGCGUAUGCUAUAGCAACCGAAAAAUCUAAAAUUCCAUUCCUCGUAACAUCGAUAACUCCAGCACAACAACGCGAGACGCCAUUUUUAAUUCAACUUUUUCCUGAUGCCACCGUGUUCGCUGAUGCGGUUCUAGAUAUUGUUAAUUACUAUCAGUACACCUCUAUAGCUGUUAUCUAUGACUCCAUAGAAGGCGCCGUCGUCUUAGAAAAACUUCUAAUGCAACCAUCAAAAGAAGUAACAUCCAUUAAAAUUAAUGAUUCAGUUACAAGCCAAGUGAAACAAGAACUAAAGGCAAUCAGAGACAAUAGAUUUACCAAUUUUAUUAUCAUAUGUAAAAACAGGACCAUUGCUGACCUGGUUCUAACCGAGGGACUACGAUUGAGUAUGUUUUCCCGUCCAUAUACCUGGUUGCUUGUGAACAUGGGCUUGGAAGAAUACGACCUUGAGAAAUAUGUUGAUUCAAGGGUCAACAUGACUAUUGUUGCCAUUACUGCUGACCCAGGAUCUCCAUCUUGUAUUCUUGGUGAAGAUAUAAGUUUAAAACGUGCUGUAUUAUCAGAUGCCCUACAGGUUUAUGUUAACCUACAACGAAAUUUGAACGUUUCAAUGAGAAGUGCAGUGGGAAAUCUUGACCUUCAAGGAUGUACGGGUCAUCUGAAUUUUACAGAAUUUGGUAAGAGAUCAGAAUUUUCGUUACGACUGUUGGAAUUACGUAAUUACAGAUCUGGAAAGGCUGGUUCCUGGACAAGCGUUGAAGACAGUUUCAAGAGACGAGUAAAGCCCUCUCAGUCUUAUAGUAUUUCUAGAGGUAUGGUUAGUGGCAAUGUAUUUGACAGGCCAAUCAGAAUAACAACUAAAAUAGAACCACCCUUUGUACAAUAUAAAAACGAAUCUAACUACCAAUCCGGUGACGCAUCGGUCCACCCGUUUGAAGGAUUAUUAAUAGAUAUAUUAGAGCAAUUAGCAAAGGUUUUAGAUUUCCGUUACAACAUUACGCUUGUUCCGGAUGGAAAGUUCGGUAGUUUGAAACCGCCACCCCGCGGCUGGACUGGUAUGGUCCGCGUCUUAAAAGACGACAAAGCCGAUGUAGCAUUAGCACCAUUCCAGAUAACACCUGGUAGAUCUGCUGUUGUUGAUUUUACCAAGCCUUUCAUGACUAAAGGCACCACGGUGAUGGUCCGAAGACCAGAAUUUAAAGUUGGUCACUUCCAGUUCCUUCGACCUCUUUCCAAAUAUGUGUGGAUAGCUAUAUUUGUGGCGUUUGUGAUAGUUAGUUUAGUGUUGUUCGGAGUGAGUCGUGUUAACACAGAUAGACAAGCAAAAUACACGCAUAAUUUAAGAGCCAGUUUCUGGUAUAUAUGGGGAACUCUUUUACGCGGAAGCUUAUGCGGAGCCCCAAAAGCUAUUUCAAGCCGCACAAUAAGUAGUACGUGGUGGUUUUUCUCUUUAAUUAUAAUAUCUAUAUAUACGGCAAACUUAGCCGCCUUUUUGACAAUAACAAUUUCAUCUAUAGGGAUUAAUUCAGCUGCGGAUUUAGCACAGCAAGACAUUUUACAAUAUGGCACCGUAGAUGGUAGUCAGAUCGAGUACUUCUUUAAUCAUACAAAAAUGGACCAUUUUCAAAAAAUGAAAGCCAUGAUGUCUGUCCAGCCCGGCUGGAUGGUACGGACUGUCAAAAUUGGGUUUGAAAGGGUUAUGCAAGGAGGAUAUGCAUUCAUAUGGGACUCACCAACUAUCAGACAUUUGGUGGCUUCCGAUUGCAGUUUGAUGGAGAUAGGAACACCGUUUGAUUUAAAAGGUUACGGUUUAGCAGUCAGAAAGAAUGCACCUUAUCUUGAGAAGAUAUCUCUGGCAAUUCUGAAGCUUAUUGAUGAAGGGGUGGUAUACCGUUUAGAGGGAAAAUGGUGGCGUCGACAGUAUUGUCCAGAUCCACGACAAAAAGCCAAAACAGAAUCACUUGACUUUGAAAAUGUAGCAGGGAUGUUUAUUAUUUUAGCAGCAGGAAUUAUUUUAGCACUGGUAGUAUGUGCUGUAGAAUACAUCGUUGGUAAACUUCGAGCAAAAGUAAACCCGAGUAAGAAACGAGAGCCGCCAGCCAACAACACCCACAAUAGAAAUAGUGACUUAAAUGAGGCCAAUACACCAGAUAUGUUGGGCGAUAUACAAGUGUAUUCAAAUCAUAUUACGUAUGCGCAGGAAAAUCACGAUGCUUAUAAAAGAUACUCAGAGUAUGAAUCUAGACUUUGAUUAUAAAAUAUCCUGAUGAAAUAUUUGUGAUAAUAAAUGUAAAAUAAUAUUUGAUAAUGUCAGAAGAUGAAAUCAUUGUCAGGUUAUAUCCCAUGUGUGUUUAAUAUGACAACAUCAAGUUAAUAACAACUCUCCGGUGCUGAUAUAUUUCGGUGUUUUGUGGCAAUAACAACUGUGUUGAUACGUGUGUGAAAACACAUGCCUAUUACUUAUCGACAAUUAUCUACUGAUAACAUGUGACAUAAUGGGUCAGGAAAAUUAGAUGAUACCAUAUAUCUUAAUGGUUUGGGUAAAUCAAUUGAUACCAUAUCACAUAAUAGUUUGGGAAAAUCAGUUGAUACAAUAUCACAUAAUAGUCUGGGAAAAUCAGUUGAUACAAUAUCACAUAGUGGUUUGGGAAAAUCAGUUGAUACAAUAUCACAUAGUGGUUUGGGAAAAUCAGUUGAUACCAUAUCACAUAAUGUUGGUAUCAUAUCUUUUUAUAACAAAUGUUUGAACAAGUAACAUAAUAUUGACAGCAUAAUAAAUGUUUGAACAAAUAACACACUGUUGAUAUCAUGUCGUGUCAUAACAAAUGUUUGAACAAAUAACAUAAUGCUAAUAUCAUAUUAUGUCAUAGCAAAUGCCUGGAUACUAACUAAUUGCCAUAACAGAGAUCAUAACAUUGGUUGUGAUUAACAAAUACCUGAUAUUAACAUUCUGCUGACAAAAGUUGUUUCAUGUGAUUAACAAAUACUUGAUAUUAACAAUCUGCUGACAAAAGUAUGACCAUUAUAUAUGUCUUAGCAAAUAUUUCCUGAUGAUAUAGAUUAUUAUUUAAAUGGAUCAUAUUUCUCAGAAUGUUUAAAAGCAAAAGAUCAUUUUUUGUGUUAAUUGAGAGUCGGUUUCGAAUUUUAUUCAUCACAUGAGUAUUACGAAUGUUUUCUUUUAUUGCGGCGCAUAACAUUUUGAAAUGUAGAAAUGUUGUAAUAUAGUUUGGAGCAUUAUUUUGAAAUAUUUGUUCUGCUUGUUAUUAUACUUUCAAAUCGAAUUUGCCUAUCAAUGAAGGCGUAUAAUAUGUAGUGUAUAUACAGUCAUCAAAAUCAUCCUGCAUGACUAAAAUAUUUUCAUUGCUUAAUACAUAAAAUACCUAGAGAACAAACGUAUUGUAAUAUAUCUGUGGAACAUACCAUGAUCAUCACAUAAUAUUUUCAUGUUUCUAUUUUCAAAGACUGCAAUGCAAUCAUGUAAAACUGCUGAGGGUGUAAGUAACCAAAUACAGUUUCAUUGUUGUAUUAUAAUUAUUUUUCAAAACAUAUUUUGUUCA